AUGGAUGCAGAACAAGUUCUGAAAUUGUUGGAUACCUUCUGGUUUCAGACAACAAUUUUCACCAACAAAACCUCUUCACCUUUUCAUUCAACACUGGACUCGAUGACCUCUCAGGCCCUUGUGAAGGAAGUGCUUCCUUUUGAUUCAAAGCUCCUCAGAGUUCCAACACUUCAAGUGAGGUUUCUUAGUGAUCAAAACUUGGAGUCAAGUGUAGGUGUUUUCUCUGAUUUUCCAUCACCAAACUCUGUCCUCACACCACAGAAGCUGAGGCCAAUUCUUUCUGGGAAGGAAGUGGAAGAUUUUCCCCUGGAAGAAGGUAGUGGAAAGCAUGAAGAAGUAGUCACUGUGAAAAAAGUUAGUCAUAGUGAUAGAAGAAGAAGAUUCAGAAAAGGAAAAACAACUAGGAGCCUGUCAGACCUUGAGUUCAAGGAGCUAAAAGGGUUUAUGGAUUUGGGUUUUGUGUUUUCUGAGGAAGACAGGGACUCAAAAUUGGUUUCUUUGAUACCAGGGUUGCAAAGACUAGGAAGAGAGGAUGCAAAAGGAGUGAGUUCACAACAGAACAUUGAUGAAGAUAUGAUUUGCAGGCCUUAUUUGUCUGAAGCUUGGGAUGUUUUAGACCAAAAGAAGGUUGUGAAUCCACUGCUAAAUUGGAGGGUACCAGUUGUAGGCAAUGAGAUAGACAUGAAGGACAAUCUCAGGUUCUGGGCUCAUACAGUAGCAUCCAUUGUAAGAUAA